AUGAAGGUGCUCAAAACAUCCUCUCUCAUCAUCUUCUUAGUUCUCGUGAAUGGGGUUUUUUCGUCUCCCCCAGACGACCCCGUUAAAUGCAUUUCCAACAACACAAACUGCAUCAUCACUAACGCUUAUGGCGCCUUCAACGACCGGAGCCCUUGCCGAGCAUCCCAGGUACUGUACCCAGCCACCGAGAAAGAGCUUAUUUCCAUGGUGGCUUCGGCAUCAAAAUCCAACACAAAAGUGAAAGCAGCCACCAGGUAUUCCCACAGCAUCCCCAAGCUUGCUUGCCCCGGAGGCCAAGACGGGAUCAUAAUAAGCACCAACAAGCUUAACCAUGUAAUGAACGUUGAUGUGGUAAACAGAAGAAUGACGGUUGAGAGUGGCGUGCUUUUGAGAGACCUGAUCAGUAAGGCGGCCAAGAAUGGGUUGGCGUUGCCGUAUACGCCGUACUGGUGGGGAUUGACGGUGGCGGGACUGUUGGCCACAGGGGCUCACGGCAGCUCUCUGUGGGGAAAGGGAAGUGCAGUUCAUGAGUAUGUGGUGUCGAUGAGGAUUGUGACGCCGGCGACGGCAGACGAAGGGUAUGCCAAGGUGAGAAGCCUGACUAAGUCGGACGAAGAACUCAAUGCAGCCAAGGUUUCGCUUGGGGUUCUCGGAGUUGUUUCUCAGGUAACCUUACAAUUAGAGCCCAUGUUUAAACGAUCAAUUACGUACGUGACGAAGAACGAUUCAGAUUUGGGAGAUGAAUUGAUUGGAUUUGGGAAAGAGCACGAGUUUGGUGAUGUGAGGUGGUAUCCUUCACAAAAGAUGGCUGUGUAUAGAAUUGACGAUCGAGUUUCCAUUAAUCAGUCUGGAAAUGGUCUCUAUGAUUAUCCCGCACUUGGAUCUUCUACCUCUGCUCAAUUAGCUGCUUUCAGAGGCACAGAGGAACUUCAAGAAGCAACACGGGACGCUAAUGGAAAAUGCCUUAAUGCACAGUUGGCGACUAGGACGGCUGAGGCAUCCGGUUAUGGCUUGACGAACAACGGAACAAUCUUCACUGGAUACCCAGUGAUUGGACAAAACAAUCGCUUGCAAUCAUCUGGGUCAUGCCUAGAUAGUAAAGAAGACGGAUUGCUCACUAUAUGCUCCUGGGAUUCUAGACUCCAAGUUGCGUUCUUUUACGAAACAGCCUUCAGCAUCUCCUUGUCUAGUCUUUCAAGCUUCAUCAAAGAUGUGGAGAAACUAGUUGAAUUAGAACCACAAGCACUGUGUGGAUUAGAGUUCUAUGGUGGCUUCCUCCUGCGCUAUGUCAAGGCUUCAGGUGCUUACCUGGGAAAAACAAAAGAUUCUGUGGAUUUUAAUUUUGUAUAUUACAGAAGUAAGGACCCACUGACUCCUAGGCUUUUUGAGGACACUAUUGAGGAGAUUGAGCAGAUCGGGUUGUUCAAAUAUGGAGGUUUACCUCACUGGGGAAAGAACAGGAAUUCUGCAUUCAAGGAAGUGAUCAACAAGUAUCCAAAUGCACAUAAAUUUUUAAGUGUGAAAAGAAAGUAUGAUCCACAAAGAAUUUUCUCGAAUGAGUGGACGAAUCAAAUUCUAGGAUUAAGAAAAGGGAAAAUGAUACUGAGAGAUGGAUGUGCUCUUGAAGGUUUGUGUAUAUGCUCAGAAGAUCGUCAUUGUGCUCCAACCAAAAAGUAUUAUUGCCGGCCUGGGAAGGUUUAUAAAAAAGCUAGAGUCUGUGCUUUUGAAGGUUGAAAUUGAUAUGAAGAAAAAGUUUUUAGUGGAAGAACGAUUUAAAUCAAAG